AUGACGUCACCAGCCAGCCUCCUAAUUGUGAUGUGGAGCUCCUAUUGUGAUGUCAGGGGCCGCAUCCCGGCGCUGUCACGGCAAAGUUGCUGUGCCGAGGCUCGGGAGGCCUCAGUGUGCAGAGCAGCUCUUUGGCACGCUCGCUGCAGGCGGGAGCUGCUGCUUGACGAGGUGUCUGCCAGCAGGCUGCACCCUGACAGCACUCUGAGUAUUUUCUUUGUGCCCACAGGUAUUGUCCGGUGCAGACUUGAGCAGCACUGCUGCGACCAUGGACAGAGUGUGCGCUGCUGCAGUUUGCACGGCUUUUUCUGUGGCUUAUUCCGGGUACUUCUUCACCCACCUGGCACGUCACAUCGCCCGUGCCUGGAGAGAAUCCGCUCCUUGGGUGAGUGGGAAAGGAGCCUUUGGCCUUGGGAGCGUUGGACAGUUGUGGAGCACGGCAGCCCAAAACCAACCUCUGAGCUUCCUCUGGCUGCCUGUGUUGCUGAAGAAGAGGCCAAAGGGGAGGAAGAUGCCCACCAAGCUGCAGAUGCUGCCACUGCAGGGCCUGAGCACCCAGCAUCAAGCUCCAGCGCCUCUGUCGUGGCACCUGCACGAGCUGCAGCUGCAGGCUCUGAAGAAGCCGCCAGUCCCCAAGCUGGGAGCUCCAGCACGAGCAGCUCGUGCACCUGGAGCACAAGCAGUUCCUCUGGCGGCACAGAGCAGCUGCGAGAGAGGACAGAGGACGAGUGGCUGGCCAUGCUGAGGAUGCUGGUGAGCAAAGAAGAUCCAGAGGCGAAAUAUACAGAUCUGGAAAUCAUUGGCAAAGGGGGUUUCGGCACUGUGUGCACGGCGGUGGAGACUGCCACAGGAGAAGAGGUGGCCAUUAAGAAAAUUAGUCUCCUGCAAGAGAGCAGCAAGGAGCUAUGCGUGAAGGAAAUCCAGGUCAUGCGGGACAAUAAGGACGGCAACCUGGUGAACUAUAUAGACAGCUACCUGGUGCACGAGGAACUCUGGCUCGUGAUGGAAUACAUGGACGGAGGUUCCUUACACGAUGUCAUCAGGGAGACCAGGAUGGCAGAAGGAGAGAUUGCAGUCGUCUCUCGGGAGUGCCUGCAAGGCCUGGAUUUCCUUCACUCCAAGCAAGUGAUCCACCGAGACAUCAAAAGCCACAACAUUCUCCUGAGCUUGGAUGGAUCUGUCAAGUUGGCUGAUUUUGGACUCGCUGCUCAGCUCACGGCUGAGCAGAGCAAACGGAGAUCAGCUGUCGGCACUACUUACUGGAUGGCGCCAGAGAUUUUCACCAGGAAGCCCUAUGGCCCCAAAGUGGACAUCUGGUCCUUUGGCAUCGUGGGCAUCGAGAUGGUGGAAGGAGCGCCUCCUUACCUGAUGAAAACCUCCCGCACGGUUGGACAGCUGAUCAGCACCGGGGGCACCCCGAAGCUGCAGAACCCCAGGCAGCAGUCCCCUUGGCUGCGAGACUUUCUGCGCUGCUGCCUGCAGACAGACGAGGACAGGCGCUGGUGUGCCCAGGAACUUCUGCAGCAUCCGUUUGUAACCUCAGCCAAGCCGACCUCCAGCCUGACGCCUCUGAUCAUGGCAGCACAGCAGUUUAUGGCUGACAGCAGAUACUAG